UAUUCCCACUUUUGCGGCGUGGGAUUCUCAUCCCAAUGAAUCGUAGGAUUUGGGAAGGCGGGGGUCUCGAACCCUCGGCCCGGCCUGUCAGUCCUCAUACCAUAGAGAGGCGCGGGUAGAGCGGCGGCGUGACCGUCGAGAGGGGCGGGUAGAGCGGCCCUGGCCGUGCGCUUAGCGCCCCUUGGCGGGCGGGCGGGCGCGGCGGCGGCGGUUCCCAUGGAGAUGGAAGAUGGCGCCCAGGGGCCGCCAUCGCUCCUCGGCGCCGCUGCAGAUCCUGCUUUUCCUCAACGGCUGGUACAGCGCCACUUAUUUCCUCCUGGAGGCGUUCGUGUUCGUGUACAAGGUGCUGCUCCUGCCCUAUCCCGUCUCCAACCUGGUGCUGGACGUGGUGCUGCUCCUUCUCUACCUCGGCACUGAGGCCACGCGGAUCUUCUUCGGCUCCAAGGGGAACCUGUGCCGGCGGAAGGUGCCGCUGUCGCUCAGCCUGGCGCUCACGGUGCCGGCGGCGGCGCUGGCCGGGUACUACCUGCUGCUCCAGACCUAUUCCCUGCGCCUGGAAUCCUUCCUGAGCGCCAUCCUGCUCCUCUUCUACGGCCUCGAGCUGCUCCUGGGCCUCCUGGCGCUGCUCUCCUUCUCCAGUGCGGAUCCCUACUGAGGCCACACCGGGGACACGGCCCAGGGACACAGGGAAGUGUGACCGGCGCCAGCUCCACUUCCCAGCCCUGGGAAAGGGAGGGAUCCCACUUUUUCCACUCCUCAUUUCACCUGGACUCAUCCCUCCCACCUCUCCUGCUCCUACCUGGACUCACCCUUCCCACCUUUUCUGCUCCUGUCCGGACAAAUCCUCCCUCCUACCUCUCCCACUCCCACCUGGACACAUCCCUUCCGCUUUUCCCACUUCUACACUUGGACUCAUCCCUCCCACCUUUCCCACUCUCACAUGGACACAUCCCUCCUGCUUUUCCCGCUUCCCACCUCACCCGCAGCAUGUGCCAGGGACCUGCUCCUGCCUGAACUCACCCCCCUCCGAACUUGUGCCAGCUCAAGGUACGAAGAAUCCUUAUUUUUUCUACGCCCUUCCGGAACAGUUCGCUAUUUUCCAAUAAAUAUUUAUUUUUA